CUUGACUACAUUCAAUAUGAAAACCCAAACAAGUUUAGUAUUGAUUGUUUAACUCAAGCUAGUUUUAUAUUAUGCUAUAACAUAUGAAUAUAUGCACAUACAUAUAUAUUUGACAAGAGACAAAGGAUACCCCAAAAUAAAUGGCAGGAUCCCAGUGCUGUUCUAAUCCACCAACUCUGAACCCACACGGUGGAGCAGGCACCGUUGAACUACUAGGAGGCCUCAAAACCUACAUCUCUGCCUCUUCCAACUCCAAACAUGCUGUUCUUCUCAUAUCUGACAUUUUUGGAUAUGAAGCCCCAAACAUAAGGAUGGUGGCAGACAAGGUGGCAGCUGCUGGAUUCUAUGUCGCUGUCCCUAACUUCUUCUACGAUGAUCCUUUUGUAUAUGACAACAAGCCUCUACAAGUUUGGUUAAAAGAUCAUGGAACAGAUAAGGGAUUGGAAGAUGCAAAACCAGUAGUUGAAGCCCUUAAAGCCAAAGGUUUUUCUUCAAUUGGGGCAGCUGGCUUCUGUUGGGGUGCCAAGGUUGUCACUGGACUAUCAAAAUCAAAAUCAUUUAUUUCUGCUGCAGUGCUAUUACAUCCUUCCUUUGUCUCUUUGGAUAAUAUUAAAGAAGUUAAUGUUCCCAUUGCAAUUUUGGGUGCUGAGAUUGAUGAUUAUGGCCCACCUACCCUCUUGAAACAGUUUGAGGAGAUCUUAGUUGCUAAACCUGAGGUCGAUUGCCAUGUGGAGAUAUUUCCAAAUGUUGAACAUGGUUGGGCAGUGAGGUACAAUGCGGAUGAUCAGGUGGCUGCAAAUUCUGCAAAUGAGGCCCAUAAGAAGAUGUUGGACUGGUUCUCUAAGUAUGUCAAGUAGAUCAUUUUAAACUUGAGAAAUGUAAAAUAAACUUUCUUUUGUACUCUUUUAAAUCAAUGAAUGACAUCUGGAUUCCAUUAAUGAUUUAAAAAAAUAUUAAAAUAUAAAAAAUUGAAUAAUAUCCACAUGUCAUCCAUAGAUGAAGAAGAGUGUAAAAGAGAGUAAAAUAGAAUGUUUCCUUAGCACUCUUUUUAAACUUUUGAAGGAAAAAAUAAAGGUGUUAUGUUUGAAUUCA